AACCCCAAAUUUAGCUCCUCGGUGCGUGGCCGCACGGGACAGCCGAGCUCCCCGCCGCGGGCAGCCAGAGGACUGGCUGGUUAUUUUUGGCUUGGCUCAAAAGUUUUCUGCUGCGCUCCGAGCCAGCAGCUUUAGGAUCAGUUUUAGGGCGUUGGGCUUGAUUCGGAGCAGUUUCUUAAGCCAGGUUUUAAAGCAGAACGAUGCUUCCCCGAGCCUGGAGGGUGUGCUGGAGCCACACAGAACAGCAGGGCGGUGGUUUUGCUAAACCCACAUAAAAUUACAGCACCAAGAUGAGGCGGGGCCAGUUCUCCCUCGUGCUUAAUCCCUUCUUAAUCCUUUUUUUUUGGGGGGGUUAUUUUACCUCAGAUCCCAUUCUGUUUAAUCCCAGGUGCGAGAUCUGCGGCUUCACCUGCCGCCAGAAAGCCUCCCUGAACUGGCACAUGAAGAAACACGACGCCGACUCCUUCUACCAAUUCUCCUGCGACAUCUGCGGCAAGAAGUUCGAGAAGAAAGACAACGUCACGGCCCACAAAAGCAAAAGUCACCCCGAAACACCCGCCGGGACCCCCCAAGCCGAAGGGGGGGGCCAACGACACGUGGCACCAUCCCCACCGCCCGAUUUUAGGGCAGGGCUGGAGCACCCGGAGGUACCCGGGGAGGCUCUGGGGGGGCCGGGGCUUGGGGACACGCCGGGGAGCGAAACGGAGACCCCAAACAUCUUGGCUGAGUAUCGGGGGGGUAUCGGGCACGAUCCAGGUGCACCCCAAAGGCGGGUGAUGGACGCUGUUGGCUCGUCGCAGGACUCAGCCUAAUUCUUGGAUCAGAGCGGACUAGAGAGCAGGGUGGGGGCAAAAUCCGAACUCCCCCCCGCCCCAGGCUGUGGCGCAGCGUGUCCAACGCCAAAAAUAUUAAGCAGCAGCUCUUCCAGGAGGAAAUCCCAAACUUUUCUGCCAAAAUAACGGGGUUUCUGUGAGCUCGCAGCAGCGUCGGAGCCACCAGGUGGCAAAAGUCAUCGUUGGGAUCUUCAAUAAAGCCUUAUUUUGUAGAAAAGAGUUGGGUUUUUUUUUUGGCCCGGCUGCCCAGGCGUUGGGUUUUUAUGAAAAACGAAGAGGUGGAGAAGUGAA